UGGCUGAGGUCGAUUAGUGAUACGAGAGAUUGAGGGGAAUGCGGCGUUGGCCUGAGGGUGUAUAAAGAGGGACAAAGAAGUCGGGCUGGGAACAGUCGUUUCUGAGCAUCAGACCGUGAUCUUGAGAAGCAAUCUUCAUCUUCCAUCUCUUGUAUGCUACUUUGCUGGUUUAGAGCCUCUUUUGCUGAUACCACUGUUGACGGUCCCCUGCAGAAGCACCAACUUCACCGGCUGAGAGUAGUCAUCCAAAGCGCCUCUCACACCAACAUGUCCAACGAAGCGUCCGAGACUGGAGCCAAGAUGCCGCCCACUCCGCAGGGCGCUCCUUGCUGGAUUGAGAUUCCGUCCGUGGAGCCAAAGAAGCUCAAGGAAUUCUAUGCUGCCCUCUUUCCCGCGUGGAACUUCAGGAGUGCGGCUGAGGAGGAUCCUGUGGUCCACUAUACCUUCGCGCAGCCAUCUGGCCUCUCCGGAGGGAUAAUUAAGUUGCCGGAGGGCUGCACUCGCAGCGAGCAUCCGAUGGGCGUCGGCUUCACCGUCUAUUACUUCGUGGAGUCCGUUGAUGAGAUUGAGAAGAAGAUCUCUGAGCUCGGCGGUAAGAAGGUCUUGGACAAGACGGCUGAGCGGACCCAUGGAUGGUUUGCCAAUUAUGUUGACCCGGAGGGCAACAGGUUCGGCGUGUUUGAGGUCAAUCAGGCAGAUUCUGGGGCUAUGUGAAGGUCAUUAGUAGUAGGACUGCCCAUGUGUGUAUCGGCUGGGCGUGCGGGUCUGGAUUGCUCGUUGUGCGCUGAUGUGUGAUGCGAGAGGACGGGCUUGGGUGUUUGCCGUUCAGAUAUGCAACAAAUUGAGUCCAGCUAUACUUUGCCG